AUGGCGGAGGGCGCUGGCCCCAGCAGGGACUGCCUGCAGGCGGGCGAGUCCUGCACCACCGACCCCGUGUGCAGCGCCAAGUUCCGCACGUUGCGCCAGUGCAUCGCGGGCAACGGUGCCAACAAGCUGGGCCCCGAUGCCAAGAGCCAGUGCCGCAGCACCGUCAGCGCCCUGCUCUCCAGCCAGCUCUACGGCUGCAAGUGCAAGCGCGGCAUGAAAAAGGAGAAGCACUGCCUCAGCGUCUACUGGAGCAUCCACCACACGCUGAUGGAAGGCAUGAAUGUCCUGGAGAGUUCCCCUUACGAGCCUUUCAUCAGGGGCUUUGAUUAUGUCCGGCUGGCAUCCAUCACUGCAGGCUCUGAGAACGAGGUGACACAGGUGAACCGCUGCCUGGACGCCGCCAAGGCCUGCAACGUGGAUGAGACGUGCCAGCGGCUGCGGACGGAGUACGUGUCCCUGUGCAUCCGGCGCCUGGCCCGCGCCGACGCCUGCAACCGCUCCAAGUGCCACAAGGCCCUGCGCAGGUUCUUUGACCGCGUGCCCCCGGAGUUCACCCACGAGCUGCUCUUCUGCCCCUGCGACGACACGGCCUGCGCCGAGCGCCGCCGCCAGACCAUCGUCCCUGCCUGCUCCUACGAGGCCAAGGACAAACCCAACUGCCUGGCACCCCUGGACUCCUGCCGCGAAAACUACGUCUGCAGGUCACGCUAUGCAGAAUUCCAGCUGAACUGCCAGCCGUCACCCCAGGCUGCGAGCGGCUGCCGCAGGGACAGCUACACUGCCUGUCUGCUGGCCUACACCGGCAUCAUCGGCAGCCCCAUCACCCCCAACUACAUCGAUAACUCAACGUCCAGCAUCGCUCCCUGGUGCACCUGCAACGCCAGCGGGAACCGGCAGGAAGAGUGCGAGAGCUUCCUGCACCUCUUCACCAACAACAUCUGUCUGCAGAACGCCAUCCAGGCCUUUGGCAACGGGACUCACCUGAACACGGCCGUGGCCCCAUCCAUCCCCCCCACCACGCAGAUGUACAAGCAGGAGCGAAACACCAACAGAGCUGCGGGGACCCUCAGAGAGAACAGCCUGGAGCACCUCCAGCCCACCAAGGUGGCUGGAGAGGAGAGGCUCCUGCAUGGCUCCACUCGUUUGUCCUCAGGGACCUCCAGCCCAGCAGCCCCUUCCUGCUGGGUGGCCUCUGUGUUGCAGAUGUGGCUUCUGCUCGCUCCUGUUGUGCUGAGCCUACCUGUGAUGUGA